CUAAAAUGCACUCAUUGCCUACACUUGAAAUGGACUUUAUGCUCUAGUUCAGCUUGCAAAUAUAAAAACCUACUCGCUUUCUUUCAUUUUUUUCUUUAGUUUCAUUUUUUUUAUUCUUACCAUAGUUUGUCUUACUUUUGUUGCGAUUGCUGAGGAAUACCUAAUUAAAAAAUCCAACAAUAGAAAACCAAAUCCAAAAAAAAACUCUAAAAAAAAAAAUUAACUCAGAGAAUUUAAAUAAGUUCUCUCACUUUCUUUUUCUCUUUCCUUUUCCUUUACUAUUUUUCUUUUCCACUUUCAGAUUCAAUUUAUGGCUGAACUAUCUUAUUUGGAAAUUUCGUUCUUAACAUUUCAAGCUGUUGUUGAGGUUAUUAUAAUUUGUCUUGCUGGGUAUUUCUCUGCUAAAGUUGGUUUAUUAAAUCCCACUGCUCAAAAACAAAUCAGUCAAUUAAACGUUGAUUUGUUCACACCAUGUUUAAUCUUCUCCAAAUUGGCACCUUCAUUGAGUUUAAAGAAAUUGAUUGAGAUUGCUAUAAUACCUGUGUUCUACGUGAUAUCCACUUUAGUUUCUUAUUCAUGUUCUCAAAUAACUUCCAGUAUUUUAAAAUUGAAUGAGCCAGAGACUAAUUACGUUACUGCAAUGUCAGUGUUUGGUAAUUCAAACUCCUUGCCUGUUUCAUUAACCAUAGCCUUGUCAUACACAUUGCCAAAUUUAUUGUGGGACGAUAUUGAAAAUGAUACUCCUGAUAACGUUGCGUCAAGAGGUAUUCUUUAUCUUUUGAUCUUUCAACAAUUGGGGCAAGUUUUAAGAUGGUCUUGGGGUUAUAACACUCUUUUAAAAAAGAGAACCCACGAGGAAAUUUAUCAGCCUAAUAGAUAUCUUAUAAAGAACAAUCCAAAAGUUGUUUCUAUAAAUAACAGUGAUGGCGACAAUGAUAAUAAUAAUAAAAAAAUAAAUGACGGUGAUUUAGAAUAUCAAUCGUUACUAGAAAAUCAUCAACAUAUUAGUGAUUUAUCAGAUUCUUCAGCGGGAUCUUCAUUAAGAUACGGAACUGUUCUUUCUAAUUCCAGCGAUAAUGAUAAUGAUAAUGAUAAUGAUAAUGAUAAUGAUAAUGAUAAUGAUUGUGUCAUCGAUAAUGGUGAUCAACUCGUUAGUACUAAUGAAACUACAAGUUUAUUAAAUAAUAAUCGAAUUGUUACUAGAAGAUAUAGUAGCAAUUUCUUAAACAAUAUGAGUGAGAAAUUAAUGAAAUUCAAAGAAUCAUUUUUAGCCUUUAUGAAUCCACCAUUAUACUCAAUGGCAGCAGCAGUGUUUGUUGCCUCAGUGCCGAUUUUACAGAAAUCGUUUUACGUUGAUAAUGGGUUUAUUCAAAACACAGUUGCAUUGGCUAUAAGACAAAUGGGAUCUGUUUCAAUUCCAUUGAUUUUAGUUGUCUUGGGAUCCAACUUGUACCCAUCACCAGACAUUAAACCUGCUACUCCAAAUUACAACAAAUUGAUAUUUGGUUCAUUAUUAUCCAGAAUGAUUUUACCGCCAUUGAUAUUAUUGCCAUUGAUUGCUGUUGUUGUCAAGUAUUUGCCAAUAUCUAUAUUGGACGAUCCAGUCUUUUUGGUUGUUGCAUUUAUUUUAACUAUAUCACCACCAGCUAUUCAGUUAUCACAAAUUUGUCAAUUGAAUGAGCUAUAUGAAAAGGAAAUGGCUGGUGUCUUGUUUUGGGGAUAUGUUGUCUUAACAUUGCCAACUACAAUUGCAAUUGUUGUUGCAUCGCUAGAAGUUUUAAAAUGGUCAAGUGCAUAAAAUUUUGGCUGCAAAACAAUUCAUUUUAUACAAGAUUAUGGAUAAUCUUGUAUAAAAUUGAAAAUUGAAAAUUGAAAAUUUAAAAAUAAAAAAUAAAAAAAAAAGUUAGGUAUAAUUAUAAAAAUUCGGAUUUGGGUUAAUUUUUUUAUUUGCUUCUAUUUUUUAUUUUAAUUUCAUAAUUUCAUUAUAUCAUAAUAUCAUAAUAUUUUAAUUUGUUUAAUUUUUUUCAAGUUUAUUAAUUCCGUCAGUUUGGUAAUAAUAAUAUUAUUAAUACUGUUUUCUCAAUAAUAUAUUCAAAUAUAUUUAUUUUUUUUUUAUUUCCUUUGUUCUUUUAACCUGUUUUUUAUUCAUAUAUCCCUUUGGAAUUUAGUUUCUCUUUGCUGUUUUUGUAUAGUUUUAUUUUUUUUAGUUUAGUUUAGAUCGAUAAUUUCAUUUCUCAUUUCACACUACCG